GGCGAAAUGCUCUUUGUGGCCAGCCUGUUCUUGUUCUUGUUCUGGUUCUGGUUCCAGUGUUUCUUUUCCAUCUUACUUCAUUCUUCGAGUUUUGUGCUCCUUUCCAUUCUUUUUGUACAUGCUACGCUUCUUUCUCCUUAUCUUCCUCAUUCACCACAUGUGAAGCUGACAAUACCGCCGUUAUGCGUCUUCAAAACGCCUCGCAGUUCUUCCUCGCCCUCUACCUCUUCCUGCGCCCUCACUGCGUCCGCGCAGAAUCCCAGUGUGUCAUAGACCCGAACUCGAUCGUUACAGACGCAUGCACUUCCUAUUCCGAUCUCGAAAGGCUCAAUGCCGAACUAUACCCUUCGCUCGAAGACCUGACCCAAAAGACCGACUUCUUUGCCUACUAUAGACUAAACCUGUACAACAAAGUCUGCCCCUUUUGGACCGAUGAGAAUUCUAUAUGUGGCAACCGCGCAUGUGCGGUAGAUACCAUUGAAGAUGAAAGCGACAUACCACUGAUCUGGCGCGCGGAAGAACUAAGUAAGCUCGAGGGCGCUCACGCGAAGCACCCGGGCCGAGCCCAACAGAGAGAAAGGCCAAAAAACAGACCCUUACAAUACCAACUGGGGGAGAACGUGGAUGAAAGUUGUGUCCUGGAAGAUGACGACGAAUGCGACGACAGAGACUACUGUGUGCCAGAAGAUGAAGGCUCGACCGGAAAGGGAGACUAUGUCAGUUUGGUUAAUAACACAGAACGAUAUACAGGCUAUUCCGGCAUGGGUGCUCGACAGGUCUGGGACGCAAUAUACAAGGAGAAUUGCUUUUCUGCAAAGUCACUUCGUCCUGCCUCGCGGAACUCCAAGCCUCUACAGGCUGCCCAGAAUUUGAAGAAUGUCUUUCAAGAGUAUGGACGCCAUCACGUGGACAACGGGGAUGACUUGUAUCCGCUGGAUGAUGAAUGUCUCGAGCAGCGUGCCUUCUACCGUAUCGUCAGUGGUAUGCACGCUUCAAUUUCCACGCAUUUGUGCUGGGAGUUCUUCAACCAAACGACCGGCCAGUGGGGUCACAAUGUCGAGUGUUACAAAGAACGGCUGCAUAAUUACCCUGAACGGAUAUCGAAUGUGUAUUUCAACUAUGCUAUUCUGACGAGGGCAAUCGCUAAAAUCCGGAAGCAUCUAGAGUCGUACACGUUUUGUUCGGGUGACCCGGAGAUCGAUUUCGAGACCAAGCAGAAGGCCCUGACUUUGGCAAGCAAGGCUGCAGCUGGACCGCAUACGUUUGACGAGUCUGUCAUGUUUCAGGACCCGGCCGUGUUCGAUCUCAAGGAGGACUUCAGGAACAAAUUCCGCAAUGUGUCGAGAUUGAUGGAUUGUGUGGGCUGCGACAAGUGCAGGCUCUGGGGUAAAGUGCAGACUGCGGGCUACGGUGCUGCCUUGAAGAUCUUGUUCGAAUUUGACGAGAACAAGAACGGUGAGAAUCCUCACCUCCGGCGCACCGAGCUUGUUGCUUUGGUGAACACCCUUGGCCGAGUCAGCCACAGUUUGGACGCAAUCCAGAAAUUCAGACGAGCUGUCAAUACGGGCGAUUACAGUGUGCUGGACGUCCAAGGCCCAUUGCCUCCGUCCGAUGAUAGCAUUCCCGCUAAAGACGGGUCCGAGUCUCCGAAAGUGGCAGAAGCCGAUGAUCAAGAAGAUUUAUUUGACCUCGACGAAGACCCCUACCACCCCAACCAGGACCCACGACGUGGUCAGUCAAUAUCAGAAGCAUUUUGGACUGAGCUCGAUCUCGUCUGGCGUGCGUACAAGAUGGUGCUCAGAAGCUGGGUCGAUAUGCCGUUCAAACUGUUCGCCAUUGCCGUUAUGGAGUUGAAUCGAGUGUGGAAUUACUGGCUGGGAUUGCCGGUCCCUCCUCGAUCAUGGGAUAUCCAUUUUCCCAGCAGAGAUGAGUUGUAACAUUAGACAAGAUUAAGAGGGCUAAGUCUUUGGGGUUGGCAUUUUCAGCAGGAACAUAGGGCAUACCAUAGCGUCGGCGUCGAGGUUCAUUGUGUUUUCGAAUUGAUACAUUGCCUUUAGUAGGGCGGAAGAGACUAGGUGCUCAGACUAGAGA